GACUGAAGCUACAACAGACGAGCGUGUGGCUGCAUACAUUAAUCGAGUGUUAGAAUCGGUGUAUCAGUACGACACAAAGCGAGAGCUGACGCAAAGUCUACAGUCACACUCAGCGCGUCGAGGUGGCGCUGCGCAUGCAAGCUCCAACGCUAGCGUCAACCUGGCUGAUUCCACCGGGGGUUCUGGUCCAUGGAUGGAUUUGCUACCUUACUCGAAUACAUAUCGCCGACGACGGCGAGCGACCAGAACGUUGCAAAGGUGCUCGGAGGGUGGGUGGACACAAAGCAGGCUGGUCACCCGCCUACGCUUGCCGAAAGGUUUCGCGGACUGUCUUACCGCGACUCUGCUGAUAUACUACCGCGACACGCUUGCUGUCGCACCGCAACACAUCGUCCACCAAGAACUGGAGCGGGUACAUUCCACUCUGCACUCGCAGCUUGAAUGUCAGGACGAGCUGCUUGACUGGGGAAGCAAGAUUCGCAAACGCUUUGUCACCGACAACAUCCUUUCACUUUGCCGAAACGCUGGAACGGCUACUCAUAGGACACCAGCAGCUGGUGACCUCCAAUGAGGAGCUCAGGAGCAUGCUACAUCUUGAGCUUCGACGGCUUGAUCGUCAACCCGAAGGCAACGCUUCCUCCACCAAUGCGACGGAAGGUAGUCCAGAUGCUGAAGUUUCUGGCGGGCUCUCGUUACGAUCCCCUCAUCUUGGUUAGGCGUGGCCCACUAGCUUGACGAAGCUGAAGGGUAGGCAUCUCUCCGAUGUUCUCGUCCAGUUCUACACAGAAGGCCUGGGUUCUAUUCCAAAGGAACGAGGAAAUCGCGGGCAGAAGGAUUGCCUUCGAGCUGUUAAAAUCGUUGCCUACGUUGCCGACUUAGCCAGCAUCCCACCAGUUCCUGCAUUAUCGCGAGAGGUGGACAGGGUUCAAUGGGUAUAUGGCUUUACCAAAGCUGCUGAUGCAAAAGAAGGAACACAGCGCAAGCGCCGUCGCUCUGGAAAACUUACCGACUAAUUCCGAGAGCAGCACGAGCUCGGAGUGCCCCACGAGGUCUGACAGCAGCCCGAUCUCCAGGAGCAGUACGAGCUCCAAGUGCGCCAUGAGCUGGGAGGGCAGCACGAGCUCCGAGUGCGACAUGAGCUACACGAGCACCACUGAGUCCGCGAGCACGACCGAGCCCACGGCCACCACCAGCUACAUGAGCCCACCAGCUCCGAGUGUACCUCGAUCUCCAAGAGUCCGAGAGCACCGACGAGUUCGCGAGCACCACAGAGUCCACGAGCACCAACGAGUCCACGAGCACCACCGAGAUCACAUCUACAUGAGCCCCUCCAGCUCUGUGUACACCACGAGCGAGCUUCAAGAUCACCACGAGCACCACUGAGUAACGUCCGCGAGCGCCACCGAGUCCAAGAGCGUCACUAACUGCACGAGCACCACCACGUCCGCGAGCCCCGCGAAAACUCCAGCUCCGAACGCAUCACCACACCACCAGCGAGUCAUCUCCUCAAGCGCCACCGAGUCUGCGAACACCACCGAGCCCGCGAGUGUCCCCACUGUGUGAGCCGCCUCCUCUUCCUUGCUG